GAAAAAGAUAAAGUUGUGUGGUUUAGCAGAAAAAAAUUAGUUGUCACGGAAUCAUCAUUAUGUAUUCUAACUAAAGUUCUGAUUAUUUAAGCAUAUGGUGACAUGUUGCUAAAUACUGGAUCCAUAUUAUGUAAAUAGGAGGAAUACCUGCCAGUAAGUAACCCAGCAAUUCCAGAGACUGUCAUUUAAUUUGGAACCUUCGUUUCUUGGAAACAUUUGCUUCUCUUGGAAAGCUAUUGACACAAGAAAUCACAACAGCUUUCAAUUCUAGAACUUCAAAAUGCUUAUAAACACAUUUACCAAAAAUUUGCGACAACCACAAAAAACCAUUGUUGGAAGAUUCACUAAGUAUUUUCUCAUAAGGAGGAAUAGAAGAUUAGAGAAAGCUGCAGUUGAACAUUGUAACAUUAAACCUGAUUAUAAUGUCCUUGAAGUUGGUUUUGGCCCUGGCUUGGGCCUAGAAGCAGCCUAUCAGAAGAUCAAAGGUGGCAAAGGGAAAUUACUUGGCCUCGACUUAUCGCCUUAUAUGCUGGAAAUAGCAGCUAAACGACUGAGUGAAGGCAUCAACAAUAAACAAGUGGAACUGCAUCUUGGAACUGUUAUGGAAAUGCCAUUUGAAACAAAUUCCCUUGAUCGGAUCUUUCACUGCAAUUGUUUUUAUUUUUGGCCUGAUUUUGACAAAUGUGUUCAAGAGCUGUAUCGUUGUUUAAAGCCAAACUCAUUAAUGAUAACGACAAUUAAUUAUGAAAAGAUAAAAUCUGCAAAUAAAUUAGGUCUAAUGAGAUAUGGCAAUAUUGAUGUGGAACAUUAUAUGAAUGUUCUUAGCAGGAAUAAAUUCGAAAUUGUAAACAUGAAGACUCACAAGAAUGAAAGCGAAGAAUAUCAGGCUAUUUCCGCUUUCACAGGAUCAAAAGAACAAUAAUUUAAUAUCCAAUUCAUGAAUUGAAGAUGAGGGGCUUAAGUAUGAGAAAAGUGGCCAGAACACAGUAGCUUUCUUGUCAGAGAGGCAGCAUGGCUAUUCACAUUUAUAAGAGGGGAUGGGCGUGAUCGGAUUGAGUUGGAGAAAUAUAAAAGAGUUGAUGAGGUGUUAGAGUUUAUCUGCAAGGUACAAUGUGGGUAAAAUGAGUGGGUGCCAUUUCUUAUUGGAGCAAUGAAUGAUUAUAUAAUGUCCUUACAGUGGUUCAGUAAAGCCUUAAAAUGCUGCCAAAUCAGAUGAGUUUAUGUAGUAAAUCAGGCAAACUAGCUAAUCAGAAGUCCAG